CAUCCUGCAAUAAAUUUCAAUGGGGGAGUACGGAAGGUGACUAACUAAAAUUCAGCACUACCUAAUUCAAAUUCAUUCGCCUAUUCUACGUACUAAAGUUCUUAUUUCUGAAAUACUUUAUACCUACUAUUUCAAUAAAAGUCUUUGCUUUCCAAACCUCCCAUCACUUCCUUUUUGGAUAAUGGCUAACUUUUCGAGAGUGGCCGAGAUUUUUGAGCAAGCAUCAGUGGCGUUCGGUCGAUUGGCCCAACUUACUUUAGAUCUUAAGCAGUUCCAAGCGCAACAAAAUGAUGGGGAUUCCAAGACCUGCGGGAAAUGGUCACAAAAGGAAGUUGAAGAUCUUAAAGCUGCUAUUGGACGUUUUGGAUCUGAUCUGUCAAAGGUAGCUGAAGCUAUCGAAACAAAGACCAUUAACCAGAUAAAACAAAAGCUAAAAACCCGGGCUUUUCAGGAUGCUGGUCUUGGAGAUAUUUCCUUUGAAAAUGAGGCUGCGGAUACAGAAACCAAACCAAAAGUCAUGACUCCAAAUGCUACUCCAGUAGAACGUGGAAGACGUAAGCAAGCUUUGAAUCAAAUGCCUGAACCAGUGGACUUGCAUCCUCCUAAAAGAUCCAGAUCUGAUGUCGACGAUUUGAAUGAAUAUACCAAUUAUGCACCUGAAGUAGAAGUUCCAGAUAAAAAACCCAACCAACCGGCUAGUAACAACAAAUCAUAUAGUAAUGAAAAUGUUACACCGCAAAAUAACGAUGAUGGUCAUAAUAUUUUAAAACAUAAGCCAGUUGGCAGUACACUAUCUAGUGUUUUAUCCAAACCGAUAUCACUUGCUAGACCAGAUGUAAGUACGUUUGAUGAUCGUCAUCGCAAAACAACAACAUCAGUAAAUGUCCUUAGUUCUGGAUAUAAUGCAAAUGAAUCGAAGUAUGAAGAUUAUGACAGCGAUGACAGCGAUUAUGAUGGUCGUACACCCGGAGAAGAUUAUGAGUCAGACGAAGAACAAGAGGAAGAAGCCGACGACAACGAGGAUUACGAUGAAUAA